AUGGAUGACAAUACAAAUGAAGCUACUGAGAUUAGUAAUGGAGAUUCAAGUCCACUAAAGCAAGUCGGGGGUAAAACCCUUCCAAUCCCAGAUAUAACAAUCUUGAAGUUGAAUUAUUGGAUAGAAGACCCUAAUGUUUAUGACCAAACUGUUCUAAAAGCGAUGAGAGGAAUGUAUGAAUUUGGGGCUGAAGAGACUAAAUCUGAAGGCAGCAAUCCUCCUAAGGAUAUACUCCUCUGAUCGGGGUACGAGAUUGAGAAAAGAGACAUACUUGAAUGUAAAAACAUAGCAGAUGCUACAGAUCCACUCAUGCAGAAAGAUCUCACACAAGAUGAUGAAUCUGAUGCAGACAUUGUUUCUUUCACAUUCAGUCCUAAUGGGGUUAAUAGUGUUUUCAUAAAAUUUAAUGAUUACUCAAGAAGUGAUGAGAAAAGUAUCUGAUGGACAAACAGGUCUCUCUGGAUAUUGAGAAAACCUGUAGACAUUUUCAAAGCAAAAGAAGGGUAUUAUAUAAUUUUGCACCAAAAACACACAUCUCCUCCUAGCCUUCAUUUUAGAUUUAGAAUGAAUCUCGCUGAAGAGUUACUAGGAAAUGCGAAUGAUUUAAAAGAAUCUGACUCCUCUAGCUCAAAAAGUAUGUGUCUCGGAGGAAUUUCAAACCAAAGUAGAGUAUCAUGGAUUGAAAAAGAAAUAUUCAAAGCUGCUUGCAUUCAUUUAGAAAUGUACUACACUCUUUUUAUUUGUUGUCCAAGAUCUGUGGUUUCUAAAUCCUCCUUGAUAUCAAGCACUCAAAAGGUUCUGCUCAUCGAUGAGUGUGAUAAUCCUGUGAGAGCCUUAAAUUUCUCUCAAUAUUUGGUUCAGAACACACCAAAUCAAGUCAUGGUGCUCCUUCUUGUUACAAAGAGUAGCCAAAAUUCAAAAAAGAGGAGGAAGAAGCAUACAGAUAGUGAAUCUGAGAAAAGGCUUGACUUUGAUGAAGAUUUUAAGUCUAAGUCUCUUCUAAGACUAGAAUCAUUUGCCUCCAAAAACUCUUCAAAUAUGACUCUCCUCUCUCAAGUAGAUGACAAAAAUUAUAUCCAAAGUUUUGAGGAAGGUGUAAAGAGCUUCACUGGCUCAAGCGGGUUCGAAUGUGCGAUUGAUCUUAGGAUAAAAUCUUAUCCAUCACUUCUUGAAUCAAUGAAUCGAACUAAGAAAGCAUCAAUAAGCGAUAUUUUAUUUGAGAAUAUGGGGUUUAACUCUUCAUUCAUAUGCUCUCUUGACGAAGAAUAUGAAAUUGAUCCCAAUUUGGUUCUUCUUUGCAGUAAGAAAUGAGUAAAUCUAUGAUUCAAGAACUUCACUACUUUCCUUUGAAAUACAAAAUACGACCUAGAAAUAACUAGCUUCUUAACUCAAAUAAUCAGAUCUGAGAAAGAAAACCUUCUUAACAAAGAAUUGAACGACAAGCUUGACAUUGAACAUGAUAGGAUGGAUGAACUUCAUGAGGCUAGAUCGUAUUACAAAUAA